AAUAAAAGUUAGUGAGAGAAAAAACCCCAACUUUAAGAGAGAGAAACAAAUUCUCAAACACAAAAUUCUUCACAAAUAUUUCUUUCAAGAUCAACCUUUUGAAAUAUAAAUUAUUAUUUUUUUGGUAUUUAUACCCAAAAAAAAUACACAUAGUAGAAAAUUAUUUAGUUAAUUUCUUCCCUUUUUUUUUCCUUUUUUUUUGGUUUGUAAUAAUGAGAAUAAGGAAACGUUUUCCUCCUCCGUCAGAUCCCCAACUAAACACCAAAAAUGAAUCUCUACCGUCUGAUCUUCCAAAUCUGAGUCUUCCACAGCCGUCUGAUCAACCGGCGACCGUCACCGGAGCUAAAACAACCACCAGCUGGGUUCUCUUUGGUGGCAACAACAAUAAUCCACCAAAAAUAGAACAAAAGGAUGUGGAAGAUGAAGAUGGGAAAUUAUGGAGAGAGAAAAAAGAGAUUAUUGAUAGUAAUAUUGACAAUGAUCACAAGAAAGAAUUAAGCUUUUUGAGUACCACACAAAUAGGUUCUUUGAUUCAUCAACCAUCAUCAUCUUCUGAUCUAGAUGGUAGAUGGUGUGAAGAAGAUCAUAAGGUAAUUCCAUUGAAAAAGAGAUCAAGAGACAACUAUCACCACCAUCACCACCACGACAGAAGUAAUAUUAACACUAUGAAAUCGAAGACAAACAAGAAAUGUCCACAAGAAAAUGGUAACGAGGGGGAGCAAGAACACGAGGAACAUUAUCAACGAAUUAAUAGUGAUCAUAAAGUUGAGCACGUAAACAAGAAGAACAAAAGAGGAAGUGUUAUAUUAGAGGGAUCAAGGUGUAGUCGUGUUAAUGGGAGAGGAUGGAGAUGUUGUCAACAAACCCUUGUGGGAUAUUCAUUGUGUGAACAUCAUUUGGGUAAAGGAAGACUUAGAAGCAUGAAUAGUACUACAGUUCGAAACUCGAUGAAUAAUAAGAAAAAGAAGAAGAAAGUAGAAGAAAAGGAUAAGGAAUCGUACGCGUUGAUAAAUGAUCAUGAAUAUUAUGAUAUUGAUGAUGAUAAUAAUGAUGAUGAAGAUGACAAGAAAAAGACGAAGAACAAGAAGAUGAAGAAGCUUGGAAUGGUGAAAGCUAGAUCUUUGAGUAGUCUACUCGGUCAAACGGACAAUGCAGUUGCAAUGAUGAUAGUUGAUAAUGAUAAUAAAAAUGAGUAACAAAUUAUGAAGAUGUAGAUCGGAUAUUAUUUCAUGUACUUUAUAGAUGUUAUGGCUACCGUUCGUGUCAGAUCUUUCAAAAUGUUAUGCUUAUGCAAUUAUAUAUGUUAAGGGUUCAACAUGCAUGAGUGCAUGUGACAUUUAUAUUAUUAUUGCCACGAUAUUGUUCUAUGGAAGCAGGCGGUUUAGAAGUUCGGCCCGGUUUUUUGGUGUCGUAGGGAGGGAUUGACCUUUCUAACGCAUAUUCAGUCGUACCGGCAUGGCCCACUGAUUGUUUCGAUCGGAGCAUCAAGCAGCGCAACCCGGUUCUAACUUGACUAAACCCGUGCUCCUCCAAGGAGAGAGUUUGCAUAUGUUAAGGGUUCAACAUGCAUGAGUGCAUGUGACAUUUAUAUUAUUAUUGAAGAAUUCGAGUAACAUAGCUAGUUGGAAUUAGUUUUUUUUUUUGGUCCAAGAUGUAGCUAAGACAGUUUGCUCAUAUAAUAUGUUUCUUUAAUUGCAUGAA